AUGAGCUCGUCAGGAUCAGCGGACGAAGAAACUUCCUCGAUAAUCCAAAUUGCAAAGCUGGAUCGAUUAGCCCUCGCAUCCGAGAUUAAAAUUAUUCCCGAAGGAGGGUGGGGAUGGAUGAUCUGUGGCGCAGCAUUUGUGACUCAGUUUAUUGUUAUGGGGAUCCACAACUCGUUUGGUAUUUUGUACACGACAUUACUGGAGGAGUACAAAAGGUCCAAGGCAGAAACUGGUGAGAUUAUGUGUUAAUGGAAUUACGCGUUGUAGAGCAGUGUACAGACAGAAUUUUCCGUAUGCGUCAAUGGCAAACGGAAAUAUUGAAAAUUCUUAAUCUACUCUGUUGGGAGAAAGCAAAAAAUCUUUCGUCCACUGUUGAUAUAAAUGUUUCGAUUUUACUUCAGAAACGGUUGAGAGCAGACAGAGAAGAGUUCAAUUUUUGCCGUUGAGCGUUUGCUGUAAGCGUUAUGACUAAAACUCUCAAUUGUUUCAUAAUUGUGAAAUUCCGAUUUUAAGGCUCAAGAUAUCUAGAUGCCAGUAGGAAUUACUUUGCACGUAAGGGGAACGUCCGUUGUAACUGCUGUUCGCGCUUAGGACUAGUUUGAGUUUCACUCAGUUUGGAAAGAAAUCUUCGUUGGUUUGCCGAUUCUAAUAACUUCGGUUGAAAAAUCGAAGUAACUGUAGAUUUAUGCGAAAUUGUGGAGGUAUAGAUUAUGUUCGAUCAGGGGUUGUCACAUGGGCUCACACAAAAUUGAUUAUAUUAUUCAUACGAUUGUUAAUAUUUCCUACUGAGAACACACCAACAAUCAAUCUACAAAAACGCAUUUGUGAAGUCUUUUGAGUUCGUAAAGAUUGCAAAAGGAAGGAAAAUUUCUACAGUUUCGGUGGUCAUUUUCUGGAGUAUACCAUGAAUAUACCGUCACUGCUGACGAUGUCAAGCGAUUAUUACGAAGCAGUGUAAAAACUCAACCAGACCUGAGCUGUUUUGUUCAACUUUGGUUCUCGUCAGAUGUAAAAGCCAGUUCGUCUUUUAUAUUUUCAGUCUCUACGAAAAAUUCCCGCUAAUUGUACGCAUUCUUAUUUUGAUAAUUGGCUUUUUUGGGGUCAUAGGAACGAAAAACAAGCUUUGGCGAGAAAAAUCUUUUUUUAACAUGGUAGAUUAGAAAUAAAAAAAAAAUUUACACAAAUUUUCGGUUAAUGUUGUUUUGUUGUUGUUUGUCGGACUUUUUAGAUUUAAUCGAGCUUAAAAAACUAACGGUAACUGAUAUGAAAAAACAUUAUCCAGCUCCCUAGAAAAAUCACAGAUGAUGUAAUCACGAACGAAGCGAGACCUUUGACUUAGCGAGAUUUAUCUGCCGCGCAAACACACAUGCCCGUAAAUGACCUUUAGUUUUAUCAGCUGAGUUGAUAACGUAAAUUGACCACCGUAAAGAGUUCUAGAGCUGACAUUUCGAGCGUUAGUCUUUUGUCGGAGAGAUCGGUAGAGAUCGAUACGAGAACUGACAGAGUUUCAGAGUUUCUGACUCAACUGGUCCUAUCAAUACAUCAAAAAAAAAGCAGGGCCAGACAGUUUUCACACUCCUGCGCGGACUCUUAAUUAUUACAUCGUUUCCCACAGUUAUAAACACGGAGAACUCGAUCGCUAGUGCUCCUCAGCAUUGGCCAUUUAUUUUUCAUCUAGACCUCCUGGAAAACUGUUGUUUUGUUUCACCAGAUUUGAAAAAUGGUCACAACUAAAACAAAUAAAAGCACAGGUAACGAAAUGCUGCCUUAAAGCAAUUUCUGGCCUAUCACUGAGGUAUGCGCAAUAUGCCCGUCUGAAUGUUUAUUUCAAGCCGACAAUUUUUUUGUCUUGUGUUUGUUUGUUUUUUAACUUUGUGUUGAUCUUAGGCCUCAGGCCUCUUGAGAUUUUGUUUGCUCCUGACUAAACCUUAUUAUGCACAUUUUGUACCUUGCACGUUCUCUUUAGUUUUGUUUAACUUUAGUUCAAUUUCAAGCUCAAGUUCAUGUCUCGCCGUUUAUUUGGUGAGAUUUCCGCAUUGCCUCAUACUUCAUUAUGCAUGCAGUUCUCGGGUGAAGAAAACAGUGUCCAGAACAGUAAAUUGCCCUUUGGACUAUGGCUCUGUGUUACAAUGGUUUGGGGCUGUGCGGAAAUCUUUCCGUUUCUUGAUUUUUCUCGAGAGAUUGUCGAUAAGGUUCACGGAUUUCGCUUUGCAUGUUCUGUAUUUUCCGUUUCAUUAUUAUCAUUUCAAUCGUAUCCACAGUAUCUUGCUUUAAUUUUGUGUUCUAAAACAAACUCUUGAGGAAAGGACCGCUUAAUUAUUCCUGACCAAGAACGAGUGUCUUAGGUGGUUUACGAGAGUCUAGAUAUGUUUAUGUACGGCUCGCAUAACGUUUUCAACAGCGGCUACAUUGGUCCAUUGUUUAGGAGUGCAAAGGGGAGAUUUUUAAAACUGACAAACAAACUUUUAAAGAAGAUUUGGCUCCAUACGGUUGCGAGGUUUGUCAACUCUAUAUAACUAGCAUAAUUCUCGCCUCAAUAUCUUACGGUAUGAUGUUUCAGACUAGUAAAUCCUUUGCUAGCUUAGAAUGAUUAAUUCUCUUUUUUCUUCAGCAUGGGUGGGUUCAGUCAGUGUUGGAGUUAUGUACGUAUUUGGACCAAUCACCAGCGGGCUCAGUGAAAGACUGGGUUGCAGAGUAGUGGCACUGCUUGGAGGUUUGCUGUGCUUCUUGGGAAUGCUUAUGACGUCAUUUGUUUCCGACCUGACAAAGCUCUAUGUGACUUACGGCGUCUUGUGGGGUAUAGGGACGAGCUUUUGUUACUUCCCCACAUUAACCGCUCCUGGGGAGUAUUUUUGUAAGCGAUUGUCAUUGGUAAAUGGCAUAGUUACUGCUGGUAAGUUGAGCAGAAUCAAAUGUAUCACUUCUUUAAGAGGAUCUAACUACCCGUGCCGUAGGAGAAAGAAGUCACUUUGGUCAAAUUAGGGAGUCACCCCCCCCUCCCUUCCUGGAUUACCGAAAAAUGGGAUAUAUAGAUGUCUGUAGGUUAGCGCACUAGCUUAGUGUACGAAAGUACGAGCUUACACCCAAGCUGGUGUGACUAUGUGCAGAACGCUCGCAAUACAUUAACCCCUCUAUAUAAGGGUCCAUUUUCUCAAAGGGUGUAUAAUGCUAUCCGACAGAUAAAUCGCAAUUCAGCGGUUAAGGCGUUAAUGAAAGUGAUCCUCGCAGUAAUGUGCACUACUUAGGCAGUAGUGAAAAUAUAUGACUUUCAUAUAUUCUUAACCAUUUAUUCAGCGGUUAAGUGUUAACAAGCACAAUAACCCGGAUAAUGCUAUUCAACAGAUAAAUCGGUAUCCAGCCGAUAGGUGUUAACAAAACGCACUGCGCUACCCAUUGGAUAGAGAUUCAUCUGGUGGAUAGCGUGAACCCACGCAGGAGUAUAGUUGAUACUGGAAAUCUUUUAAGGAACCCUCGCGAAAGGCGGUGUUUUCACUGAAAUCAAAUGGCGACAUUCUCUCCAGGAGAAGAAGUGCGUUAGACGACGAGUCGCAUCAUAAAGAAAUUACGAAACAGUGGAACUCUUCCAUAAAUAACAGGUUUAAUUACUGUUAUUCCAUUCUCAUGCUAAUCAGCCUCCCUGGCCUGGAAGAUAUGUUAAAGAACUAUAGGAUUUUCUGUGAAAAGCGAGGCUGGAAAGGCUAAUUUAUACGUACCUAAAAUAAUAUAUCUAUUAUAUACGCCAUUUUAAUUAAGGUGUAGGUGAGUCGAACGUUAUUUAAAGUUUCCUUUUAUCACAGUUUACAUAAAUUAUUGGAGAAAAAACGAACGUUUUGCGCUUAUGUUCCACAGGAAGUGGAAUUGGCACGCUGACAUUCGGCCCAGUCCUCCAGUACAUCCUCCAACGCUAUGGCCUUUCUACUUCUCUGCGCAUACUCAGUGGCGUAUCACUGCUGUUGCUACUGGCUGCACUGACUUACAGGCCGUUUCGCUCACCUCUUGAGGAACUGUUUGAAGUAAAGCGACAGCCUAGGCCUUUCUUUGACUUCUCAGUAUGGCAAAACAAAGCAUUCUGUGUUUAUACAGCAGCUGUGGCUAUUUUCAUGUUGGGUUAUUUUAUUCCUUAUGUCCAUUUGGUAAGUAAACAAAGGACGGGGAGACUUGAAAUGAGAGUGAGUGUAUAAACAAUUCUUGGUUGAGGUUUUGUGAUAUCCAGAAUAAUCACGGUUGAGGCAGGGGUUAUCAGCCUCAGCCUUCGGCUUCGGCUGGUAACCCAUCAACGAGAUCUUGAUUAUUCUGAAUAUCACAAAAACUUCAUCCAUCAAUAAUUGUUCUGAAUAUCACAAAAACUUCAUCCAUCAAUAAUUGUUUUAUUAUACAUUGAUCGAAAAAAAAAAGGUCACUACAAUAAGUGGAACUGAUAAAUUAUUUCUCAACGUAUAAUAAUAUACCUAUCAGGAAGCAACAAAAGGCGCGCGAACUUGACAUGAUUACCUUUACAAAUCAUGCACCGCAGUCAUACAUGACAUGAUUACCUGUGACCUUGAGUGUCCUUCACAAAAUUAUUGCAUAAUCUACAACUAGAUGACGUGCCAGGCGCUUAUUUCGAAAACCCAUUGUACGCUUUCGGCCAAUCAGAAAAGAGACAGUGAGUUGAAUUUAUUACAGUAGCAAUCAAACAGUUGCUAGACUUAAAAAGUUUUGGAUAUUCUCUUAUUUUCACCAACAGCUCAGUCAAUCAGACAGUCACUUUUGCUCUAUUGAGGGGCUAGCGCCCCAAAAAUCUACUUUUAUAAACUCCUUAUGGUGGCUAAUUAACAACUAUUCACCGAAAUUGAGGUGGCGCGGAUUUGUGAAGCGGCGAGGUGAAGAUCCACCACAAGCCACCGAUACUUAGGUGAAUUGUUGGUUUAGUAUGUACUAAGACAGUGAGAUAAUAUAGCAUAAAAAGAUGAUUAUAAAUCAUUUAUUCCUACAACAAUUGCAAUAUUCUUGGGCGCAAAUCCCGGUUUAACUCAUCUUCAUGCGCGCGCAUGGUAUAAUGGCUCAUAACCCAUGAUGUCUAGGCAAAUGAAAACUCUUGAAUUGCGUUAUCCAAUGAUCUAGUUUUUGAUAUCAAAAGAUACUCGGAGUCUGAGUUGCCAAUCAGAGCGUGCCUUCGACGCUAUCCACUGUCUUAGCACAUACUAAGUUGGUAUAUGACGUGAUUGAUACUUUUAACUUGUAGUCAACGUACUUAACAGGGAUGCCAACAUUGGUCUGUUCUGCAUUCCAAACAGGUUAGUCACGUGGAGGGUCUGGGUAUUUCACCUUCCAAAGCAGCUCUGCUGAUUGGAUUCAUGUCCAUCGCUUCAACGAUCAGUCGGCUCGGAUUCGGCAAGUUUUCCGACCAUCCAAGGGUCAAUCGAUUGUUCAUGACGCAGCUGGCGAUUUUGGGCUUUGGGGUGACCACAACACUGAGUCCGCUGGCCAGAAGUUAUGCAUCCUUACUGACGGUGGUCGUGGCCUUGGGGCUGUUUGACGGAUUGUACGUGGUGUUGAUCGCGGUGCUCAAUACUGAUAUCGUGGGAGUUCAUAAGCUCCCAGCCGCAAUAGGAAGUCUGUACGGAGUCAUAUCAUUCACCCUUACGCUUGGACCUCCAUUUGCUGGUACGGUAGCGAUUUUCAAAAUUAAGAUAUUGUUGGUAAAACAUACUACUCGCUCUUUCACACACUUAGGGAUUAUUUUGUUUUAUUAAAACAAUUUUGCGGAAGCUUUGAGGAGGGCGUGCUUUUCCAUUUCAACUCAGCCCUUUGUAAAUGUUUCGUUUUCUUUUCAGCUCAGUCCCCAGUGACCGAAGCAGAUCAUUCCAAAAAGUUGAAGAUUUUUUCCCGGUUGUAGCACGUGGUGCCUUGCGCGCCAUUGAGACAAUUUAAGAAUUCGAUGUUGCAACGUAAAUUGUCAGUCUACAUUGGUUUGUUCAACCAGCAAAUGUUCAAAAUUUCAGAGUGUUUUUAUAAGAUUCACCAAAUUUCUCACCACAAAAUCCGAACGGAAAAUGUCCUUUCCAUUUGCAGUGCUCUUAAAGCAUUUACUCCUUUCGUAUAUCUUCAUGAGUGCUUUGUUUUUUACAUGAAAAUUAAAAAAGGACUGGUUUGCAAAAUUGUGCACAAUUUUCAGGAAAAGUCGGAAAGGAGUAUUUGGACUUAUCGCCUACCAAUCGAUUUUAGCAGAAAUCUACCAGCUUUCUAUCACGAAUGCUGCGAUCUGAUAAUUGAAUUUUUAAUCAGUCCCCCUGUAAAUGGUGAACUGCUUCUCAAUAACAAACUCAUUAGUCAUACUACAGCAACCCUCGCUUGCCUGAGUCACUCAUCUUUUUUUCCCAUUGUAGGCCUUAUGUACGACAUGCUCAAUUCUUACCACACAGCAUUCUACAUCUGUGGCGCCACCACUACCCUUUCCUCUUGUCUGAUGUUUCUGAUACCUUGGCUCAUGCCCAACCAACAAGGAGGUGUCUUUCGCCGAGAUUCCUGUCAGAGCCGCCUGGAAGGACUUCUAAACUCACAGUCAUCUACUCCAUGUACAAGGAAGCAUUCCCGUUCAUUUUUCGCCAGAAGAUCGGUGAAGAGCCGAAGCUUGGAUAGUGGAAAUAGUAGCUUAUCUAGCCCCGUAACCGGGGAGAUCAGCCUUUGCGAAGCUGACAGGGCUGAGCAGGAGUACUUGACAGGAUUUACCGUCGAUAACGAAGCUGAUGUGGCGACAGACGGGGCCUCUAAUGAAAAGAGCAGCUUUUCCAUGGAUACAAGCAUCAAUACCGUCUUCAAUGCUAGCAUGUCACAUCGAGGAUCUAUUACAAAGUUUCUAUUGCAACAGCAGCUUCAAUCACAAUCCAGAGCCUCCACUCCAUUAUCAGGUUCGCGCCGAGGAUCAUCACAAAGUCCCAUGGGGUUGCAGUCGGGUGGUAGCUCAUCCAGGAGCUCGAUGAGUAGCAGUUUAGGUUUCAGAACUUCCUCCUCAAGCCCCUCGAGGGGUAAAGGCUCAUUUAAAAGAUCUCUAUCAGAGUCAAGGCAAGGGUCCUUUGAGGUUUCCGAGGAAUCAAGUAGCGAAGAAUCUUACGAACAGAUUUCCUCUGAGCCCGAAGCAGAAAUGGACACGUUGUCAUUAGGGCAACUGUUUAAUGAAGACACCCGACGCGAAUCUGGUGAAAGCACGAUAGUGGGCUCAAACUGGGAGUCCGGUCGGAGCACUGUUAUCGCAGGAACCCCGAAGGUCUUCCAGUCUGGAAUGAAAGACGAUGAUAUGCUUCAUCUGCUAGCUGCUCGACUGUUGCAGGCCAUGCGAGGACGGGAGCAAGAUGAUUGUGGAGAAGAAAGGGAAUCUACUGUUUAG